AUGGCGUCGCUUUUGCAGCCAGAGAAGGUGGUCUACCUGGUCCGCGGGGAGAAACGAAUAAGAGCUCCUAUAUCUCAGCUGUAUUUCUGUCGCUACUGCAGUGAGCUACGGUCGCUGGAGUGCGUGUCUCAUGAGGUGGACUCCCACUAUUGUCCAAGCUGUUUGGAGAACAUGCCGUCUGCAGAAGCUAAGCUGAAAAAGAAUAGGUGUGCAAAUUGUUUUGACUGCCCUUGUUGCAUGCACACGCUUUCUACUCGGGCCACGAACAUCCCAGCUCCUCUGCCUGACGAUCCCACCAAGACUGCCAUGAAGAAGGCCUACUAUUUAGCCUGUGGCUUUUGUCGAUGGACCUCACGGGAUGUUGGGAUGGCUGACAAAUCAGUUGCCAGUGGUGGAUGGCAGGAGCCAGAAAAUCCUCAUACUCAGCGGAUCACUAAGCUGAUUGAAUAUUACCAGCAGCUGGCUCACCGAGAGAAGCAGGAGCGAGACCGGAAGAAGCUGGCGAGGAGACGGCAGUGCAUGCCUCUGGCCUUCUCGCAACACACUAUUCAUGUGGUGGAGAAAUACGGCCUUGGGACCAGACUGCAGAGGCAGAGGCCCGGAGCUCCCAUUUCAAGCCUGGCUGGCCUAACGCUUAAAGAAGGCGAGGACCAGAAGGAGAUCAGCAUCGAGCCAGCUCAGGCCCUGGACGAGGUGGAGCCCCUCCCCGAGGACUGCUACACCAGACCCGUCAGUUUACCGGAAGUGACCACGCUGCGCCAGCGGCUGCUGCAGCCCGACUUCCAGCCUGCAGGGGCGUCUCAGCUGCACCCCAGACACAAGCACCUCCUGAUGAAGCGCUCGCUGCGCUGCCGGAAAUGUGAGCACAACUUGAGCAAGCCGGAGUUUAAUCCAACUUCAAUCAAGUUUAAAAUUCAGCUGGUGGCUGUGAGUUACAUCCCUGAAGUGAGAAUUAUGUCCAUUCCGAAUCUGCGUUACAUGAAGGAGAGCCAGGUGCUGCUGACCCUGACCAACCCGGUGGAGAACGUCACCCACGUCACGUUGACCGCGUGCGAGGAGGGAGAUCCCGACGACGUCAACAGCACUGCCAAGGUUAUUGUACCGAGUAAGGAGCUGGUCCUGGCGGGGAAAGACGCGGCCGCCGAGUACGACGAACUGGCCGAACCUCAGGACUUCCACGACGACCCGGACGUGGUCGCCUUCAGGAAAUCCAACAAGAUCGGCUUCUUCAUCAAGGUGAUCCCUCAGAGAGAGGAGGACUCGGACGUCACCGUUUCCUUCAAGAUCCGACACGACUUCCGCAACCUGGCCGCCCCGGUGCGGUCGAGCGAGGAGGGGGGGGCGGAGCCGGCGGUGGAGUCCAUCUGGCUCACGCAGCACGUGGAGCUGCAGCUGGGGCCUCUGGCUCCCUGAACACUGGCACUACUCCGAAUAGCUUUGGGCCCUUUCAACUAUUUCCUUUUAAACUCGUGGGAUUAAUUUAAUUUAAACAAAGGGUUUCUGACUCAGCUCAUCGUUUUGUGAGACAACAACCUGAGAUCUGCGCAGCUUUUGGAUUAUUUUAUGUUGUAGUAUAUGUCGUAACAACAGACACAUUGUGGGGAAACGGUGAUCGCAUGACAGCUGAACUAUUUAUGCAGCUCGAUAACAGCUUUAUCACGUUAUAGAAAACUUAGGCUGACAGUGAAAGGCCUUAUGUUUAACUCAAUUAGAAUUUUUAGUGGUAAAACUGACGACUGCUGCACCAGAAACCAGAAACCUGCUGUAAUUUCCUAGCAGUGACACCAUCUAUUGUCAGAAAGCUGUUUCAGAAAACCGAAUCAUCCAAAUUAAUUAUGUUUCUUUGAAAACCAUUCAUUUGCUUUGCUGGGUGGUGACAAAAGGAUUUAUUGUAGUGGCCCUUGCAGUAUUUUUUUUUUUUUUUUCUUUUUUGAAGAUGGCAAAGCAAUUAUAACCUCUCUGUGUCCAGUCUUCAUUUGCAUAUCAGCUCUCAGUGAAAGUGUGAGUGAUUAAUGUCUCUGUUAUCAGUGUUUAUGUAAAAACAACUAACGGAUUUUAUUCAAGGAUGUCUGCCAGUUGUUUUUGCAAAUAGAGUGAAGUCGCCGAGCAAAACCAGAAAUGAGAACAAUCAAAUCAAUUUUCCACCUCUGCAACACACACACACACACACACACAUACACACGCACACGCCGAUGUGUCCUCGUCAACAUCACUUUCUGCAGAAAACACUAUUUUAUUAACCUGCAUGCUUCAGCUGUAGUGAUUAUCGCUCACAUUAGACGAUGCCAUCGAGGAUUACUGAAUCUGUUGUUUUAUUUAUGGGUCCGGGUCUUGGUGGGGAGAGGAAGAGCAUCUGACGUCGCACAUUAUUAGUUAUCGGCACAAUGGAGACGAUAUGAGGAAACGUAGUGACAUCAAAUACAAAAUGCUCAUCAGUCGUUAGAGAUGAGACGCUGCUGUGUACGAAGGUUUUGGUUUGUACCCAUCAGUCAGUGCGGCUUCUAAGCUGCUGUCAUUUAGGUUUGGUCUCCAUCGUGAACACCGAGUUAAAGAGAGGAAAAAGAAAACUAAACAGAGCUUUACAUUACAAUUAACCUUCUGUACUGACGAAUAAAAUAUUGCAAAACUGA